AUGGCAGGAUGGGGGCAGAAGAGAGCGUUCCUCUUCAGCCAUCCUCGGACGGCUUCGAAUUUGUUAACGCGGAUUCUGUCGGAUCAGCCUGACUGGCAGGUUGCGGAUUAUCUCUUCUUCGAUGCGUUCCAAUAUACCCGAGACGCUUUCUCAGGCCGUCGUCUGGAGGAUGUUCCUCGAGUGUCAAGAGAAGAGCACGCCGAGCUUAUCAGCAAUGCGCAGGAGCAGCUGAAAGCGGCACUGCAAGUUGCAAACGAACAGCGUAAACACAUUCUGCUAAAAGACCACGCCCAUCUAAUCACCUCGGUGGACAUCUUGUACGGCGAUGGCAAACCCACCCGGCACGACUCGCCAUUCACCGACAGUGACGACGACGACAGAAGCUCCCGAGAACCCUUUCCCGAAAACCCAACAGUCCUCUCGAACGAACAAAUGCUCUCCUGGCAGCCCAUAAUCCUCAUCCGCAACCCGAUCCUCGUCUUCGAGAGCUGGCUGCGAGCCGAAGGCGCCCCCUUCCCGGAUUUGGAAUCGCGGUACGCCGAGAUCUACACGACGAUGAGAUUCCAGCGCUAUAUUCUAGACUGGUACAAAACGCAGGCUGCGGGCUGUAUUUUGAAGCCCAUCGUUUUGGACGCAGAUGAUGUAAUUGAAAGAACAGAUGCGCUCGAGAAGCUGUGUGAGCUGUUGGGCAUGGAUCCCGCGCGGUUAAUGUUUGAGUGGAAGCCGACGCCGACGCCGAAGAAGUUUGCGGGGAAUGAGCGGUUCAAGCGCUUUUUGAGGACCAUCCAGGAGUCUGUGGGAAUUGAUCGGGCGAGGACGUCGGCGGGCGUCACGUUAGAGAGUCGACAGGUGCAGUGGAGGGAUACUUUCGGGUCAGAGCGUGCGGAGGUUUUGGCGAGCAGAGUUCGUGAGGCUUGGCCUGAUUACGAAUAUUUACGAGCGGUGAGGACUCGGUGA